CUUCACAGGAACUACCCACUGGUUCAGGUAUGUGGACGACACCUGGGUCAAAAUCAGAACAAGGGAAAUGGAAGCCUUCGCAGAACAUAUAAAUGCCGUGAACAAUUAGAUCAAGUUCAUGCGGGAAGAUGUUUGCCCUUCUCAGACUGUGCAGUACACACUGAAGAACACAAAAGCCUUAACACUUCAGAAAACCCACACACAGAUCAGUACUUGCCCUUCGACGCUCAUUACCCACCGGAGCUGGGCUGGGGGUCAUCAGAACCCUAAAUUAUUGGGCUGUGACCGUGAAGGACGAGCCAUUUUCACAUCUCAUCAAGUCUCCGCAUUAUCGCCACAGCAGCAGCAGCACGGCAGUUCUACACUGCUGUUUGUUCACACAGAACCAAGCAGCUCCAGUGUAAAGACGCACCAGAGUGUAAUUCACAAGGCAAGCCGGCACUCUGGAUCCUAAAGAGGCGUGAUGGUACACAUCAUGAUACUGACGUUUGUGUGUUGUUUUUCAACAUGUGGAUUUUUUUCAAGACAGUAACUAUAACAACACAAUAGUGGAGGGAGACAUACACUUGGUGAGUUGAAGUUUUUUUGCCAGUAUUGUUUAUAUUGUGGUAUUGUUUUCCUCAAAAAAAAAAAAAAAAGGGGGGAAAAAAAAAAAAACGGUGCCAAAGACACCCCCAGUUACUACUUUACCAUUGUUUGGUCCUGUAACGUUGCUUUGUGGGACGUUUCUCUUUAUUUUGUUGAGGGAAGCAUCUCUGUUUAGUUCCAACACUAAACACCAUCAAACCAACAAGCCUCCACUCCUCCAUUCACACAGGUACGGUUCGCCAAUGCUGGCAAACACUUUUUUGUUCACUGCAUAAUUCCAUAUGUGUUCCUUCUAGUUUUUGAUGUCGUCAGUAUUAAUCUACGUACAGGUUAGGGUAACAUUUUAGAAAAUAAUAAAAAGGAAAAACCACUGAAUGAGAAGCUGUGCCCAAACUUUAACUACUCUGAGAACAGCUUGUUUAUUCACCUCUGUAAAAAAAAAAUAAAAAAUCUGAGCGAGUGGUUUUUGAGACUCGGUGUACACCAGUGGUAACUGAGUUCGACCAAGAGAUCGACAGUUCAUGCAAAUAACUUUUUGUUUUUGAAGAGAACCAUCUGGGAGGGCUUUGAAGCUGAAACUGCAAUUCAAAGACCCCUUUAUCUAUCCCACAGAAUCAGACUUCAGUUGUGGCAGUGGGUGUCCAGCUGGGGUGCCACAGAACAUGGCACUCUAGAGUUGUUGUUCUGACAGUUGUAGUCCUGUCCAACCUUUCCAGCCACAGCAAAUUAUUACAGCAUCACACAAAUAUUAGGCUAUUCUAAAUACAGAAUAAUGCACUAUAAAUAAUUGUCAACUUGAUGGUGCAAUUUGUAAAAAAAAUAUGGCCAGUAUUUGAAGGUAGCACCAAAAAUAAUGGGGGCAGCAUGUCACCAGAGUAACUGACAACUCCUGCCACUGUGGUUAGCUACAGUUAGCUAAGUAGCUCAUGCUCUGGUGAGCCAUUGAGCCAGUGGCCCUAAAAUUUGCCAGGACCUAAACCUCAGAUCACAGGGGGAGUCAUCGUGGGUGACAGGGCCCCACUCAACGGGAUUGUGAACAUGGCUGGACAACAAACUGGUGCUCAACACCGCCUCGAAGAGGACAGGGUCAAUCUGAAGACACAGGAUACAGAGUGGCGGUGAUUUAUAGCAGUUCUGACCAAGUCUAUGAUUCAAGGGACAAGAAGACACAGCAGGCGUGGACAAGAAAGACACAAAACUACCAGAAUAUUUCCACAUCUUUCUCUGCAGAGCCGCGUUGAUUGGUCCAGGGACAGGCCGUCAUCCUAUCAAACGUGCCGGGGCUGCUGACUGUGCGGAUCCCUCUCCUCUGCUGCUGCUGACGGGCUGCGGUCUGCCCGGGCUGGCUGUGUGUCAGACAUCAGACGGAUGUGUGCUGAGGAUCCGGGGCUGAGAUGAGAUAAGCGUCCUCUGUCUCCGCCGAGCUGCUGCAGCGCCGAGCACGCAGGAAAGACGUUGUCACUCUGCAGCCAGAAACACCGGAAUACAAGGAUUCAACGUCUGCUUCGACCAGUGAGCUGUGUCAGCGGACGGGUUUGUCUUUCAUCCGCACCGAGUCCGCCGCCUGGAUAAUGGUCCUGACGCCGCUCUCCAGAGGUGAUGUGAGCUGAACUCGCGGGGAAGCCGCAGAGGAGCUGUCCGUCUGUCGAGGUGCUGAUGCGGCUGUGACAGAAGCGAGCAUGGCUGCCGGGAAGUUGCUGCUCUACGCCGGGCUCUCUCUUUCUCUCUGCGCCCUGGGCAUGCUGGCCGUGGCGAUGUGCUCCGACCACUGGUACGAGACUGACGCCAGGAGGUACAGGGACCGGUGCCGAAGCUUUUCCAGCCGCCGCAAGGACCCCGGCUUUAUCUACAUCCCCAACAACAGCCUGCCGCUGCGGGCCAGCCGGAGCAACCUGCCCCGCUGGGAGGAGAAGCUGCUGCUGGCCCGGAACCGGCGGCAGCUGUUCGCCAUGAGCGCCGCGGACGAGUGCAGCAGGCAGUAUAACUCAACCAACAUGGGUCUGUGGAGGAAAUGCCAUCGACUGGGCUUCGAUCAAGACAUCGAAGCCCUCAUCCAGAAAGAGGAAGCGCAGCAGCUGGACUGUAUUACACUGACAUCUGUCAGCCAACCACAGCACUUACCAGCAACUAUAAGUACCACUACUGGGACUGUUAACUUCAAGAAGAAGCUUACUAACUCACGACUACUUAUCUGCACUGCCACUGCUCCUGCCAUUACUACCACCAGUGCCACUGCUGCUUCUGCUAUUACAAUGGCUACCACCACUGAUUCUGCUACUAUGGCUGCUACAACUACUGUUGCUAAUGCUACUACUGAUAUGCCACUCCUAUUCUUACACUUGAACCACUACUACUGCUACUCCUGUGCCUACCUCUUCUGCUCCAACUACCAUGAUUUCUCCCGAUACUAACCCACGGCUUAUAUUACGGCUGCUACUAGCCCACUGCUAAUACUACUAUGAUUGUUGUUGUUUUUAUUGCUCGUGUACUUCUAGUGCCACUUCUCCAACUGUUGUCACUGCUCCUGUUAUUCCCUCUACUCCCUGACUGCUGCCAUUACCACUGCAAGUGCUGCUACUGCUACUGAUACCAGGGGGCUACACUUUAGGGAAUGGCUAUUGCGUUCAAGAAACAUAAAGAUCCACACUGCACAUGCAACUGUUGUUAAGUGAAAAUAAAGACAGCAAGUAUAUUUCCGAUGGAAGUGGACACAACUGCUAUCACAACACAUUUGUGAGACUAGCGGUGCAUUUGAGGACCUUGGUAUUUCCGUAACCCUGGUUACAGCCCUGUCAUCAGGGCAUGUUUAAUGUACAUCAAGUAUGCCACAGACCUUGUAUUAUCACUCUACAGGGGUCAAACAGAAGAAAAACAAAUAUUUGUCAUUUACAGUUGCUUUCAACAAGUAAAGUUAAGCUCCAUGUCCUGUUUGCUGUUAACAUGCAUUGUAGAAUUCUCAUUUAUUAGGGAUUUUUGGAGGUCAAAGAUUAGAGCAGAGCACCACAAAGCCUUCCCUCCACAUGCUGUUUCACUUUUAUUCCAUUUUAAUCUCUAAAUUCAAAUCACAGGCAUAGUCUAUACUGGAUGAUUUCUAUCAUAAUUCCACUAAAUGGCCUCAUGUUGCUGUGUCAU